AUGCCCAUGCCUUUGCUACGGCAUGAAAAGACCAAAUGCCCCCAGGCAACCCGGGAGAGGGUCCGAUUCAGUGAAAAGGUCCAGUAUCACGGGUACUGCCCUGACUGUGACCUGCAAUAUGACGUCGACAACACAGAUAUGCACUUACAGACAGAAUUGACCGAUGACAUGAGCCCUGUCCAUCAGUGUUCCUCCUCCUCACCACCAUCCCAGCUCAUGUUAGAAAAUGGCGGCCUCAGUGUCAGCCAUAGUUUCCCUCCUACAAACCUGCCUUGUGUGCCUCAUCCUAACCCUUCCCUGAAACCACAGAAAACCAUCCUGCGAAAAUCAACCACCACAACGGUUUGA